ACCAAAACUAUUUGUAAUUUUCUAAAUCAAUAUUUAUGCCUGUUAAUAAGUAAGUUCCAAGAUAUUAUGCAGAAUGUAUUUUGUAAAUCUCUUAGUUUAUGUUUUAUUUGUCCCACAUUAUACACUAAGCGACUCCAGUGUUGAUGUAAGCAAUUCUAAGCUCAAUGAAGAGUUAUAUGUUAAAUUAUUUAAAAGGCAAAGGGUAGAACAAUUGGAGGCUGUAAAAUCUAUUAGAAAAUUAUCAAACUAUGACCAGCAAUACAACAUGAUUCUACUGAUGGCUGACAAAAUCUUCACAGUCAUUUUGAAGAGUCGAGCUGAGAUUGAGUCCUCUGGAUAUAUACCAGGAAUCUCAGAUUUUCCAAAUGAUGAUAACACCAAAGAUGCACUCUCAAACAUUCUGGAAAACACUGCUCUGUUCUCUGAAAUCCUAUUGAGACUUCCAGACAUAUCCAUAUCAAUAUUGAAGACUAACAAUAAUUGGGAUAUGCUUUUGCAAUGGAGCAUAGCAUUUGCACAUCAGGUUCAAUAUCUAUUAGAUGAAAGUACAAUCAAAUUAUUGCACUUGGUCAGUCAAGAAUUAAAUCACACAGAGAAGGAUCCAAAUUAUGUGAAUACCUAUCGGAAAGUGGAUAAAAUCAAUAGUGAAAAUAUGAUAAAUAAUGCAGAGGUGAAGAAGAAGAGAAGAAAGAAGGUCAUGAAAAGAGGACCAAGACUGCACAAUGAAUUAUAACGUUAAUUUAAGUAUUAAUA